AUGAGUUUCUUUGUCAUGGAAGAGCAUGAAAACUUUACAAUCUUGCAAACUACUUGUGAAGAAGUGAAAAAAAACAGAAAGUUCUUCAAAAAAAUCAACACCCCCAAUCCCAUCAUGAAUGCCAACCUUAUGCUAUGCUUUGCUUUUUUUGUGCUGUCUGCACUAUGUGGAGCCAUUGCAGCACCGCUACCAAACACAGAAAGUGCAGGAGAGCUGAUCACAAACACAACUGAAAGCAUAGCAAGCUACAACACUACGAGCCCCACCAACUCAACACCCACACAAGAACCUCCUGCUAUCGCUCAAUCUCAGCUCUCAGCCUCAGGGUUCAACUGCAGUGCACCUGGUGAAGGUCCCGAGUUUGCAGUGGCUGCUGGCUAUCUGCUUGAAGGAUUAUAUCUGCUCGAUGAUUACAGCAAAAUUGUGCAAAGAAGCUACAGAAAUUUCAUUGAUCAAGAGCACCAGUGCAGCACACCAGAGAUCACAAAAGCAUACGGCAUUGAUAGCAGCAACAACAACAUUUGGAAUUCAUUGGCCGCGCUCCAGGGAUAUGCUGAUCUGGCCAGACUGGCUUCGCAAUCAGCCAAUCAGCUUCAAGACGAGCCACGAGAUCAAAUGCAAGGAGUUGAUGAUCUCAUCUCAGCUGUGCUUAGCGAUUACAAAACAGUGUUGGCCCAGCAGCAUUGUGAAUGUAAUCCCUCUGCCCCCUGUAACCGUGUGGUCCUAACCCCCUCUAUCAUACUACGCCCUGGGUGCAAACACUACCCCUACGUUGCACGAAACCUCUAUACAGAUGUCCUCAAUGCCGAAAACAUAACAGAUGGACUAAACCUCCCAACAACGAACACGAUCACUACAAACCAGUGGGUUAACACUCGCCUAGGCAUCGAUUCCCCCGCUUACACUUACUUUCAGUAAUAAAGAGGAACAGAAAAAGACCCUCGCCAUUCUAUAUUAAACAAUUAGAGAAAGUUGAAAAUUAGACGAAUUUAACAAAUUAAACACACUCAAAAAUGGAAUAGUAGCAAAUAU